GCCGCAACUAGACCGGACCUGUUGUGGGCCAGCCAAACUGAAAACCAAAGAAAAAAACUAAAACUAAAACUGAGACACAUUCAGAGAGAGAGAGAGAGUGAGGGACUUUGACUACUUGACGCUCCAAUUGGCACGCGGGUGACGUCGUUGCGAUAAUAUACAAAAAAAUAUAUAAAUAUAUAUAUAAAUAAAAAAAAGCGAAAGUUCGGACCGUCUAGUGAUUGCAAUAUAUACCAAAUACCGGAACCAAAUGGCAUCGGCAUUGACAAAUCUGCUGCAAACUUUGCGCAUUGGACCACUCGCAGCCGUUAGCAAAUCUGGCAAAACGGGCGAUGUCAUCAUUCUGCCCAGCGUAGAGAAGACCAAAGGCAGGAUCGAUGCGCCCGAAAUCACGCUGGAGGAGGUGGCACAUCAUGACAGUUUCGACGAUUGCUGGAUUGUCAUCUACGAUCGCGUCUACGAUGUGACGCAGUUUUUGCGCGAACAUCCCGGCGGCGAUGAUAUCAUCAUGGAUCAUGCGGGUCGCGAUGCCACCAUUGCCUUCCAUGGCACUGGCCAUUCGCGUCAUGCGGUGGAGCAAAUGCGUCAGUUCCUGAUUGGCCAAUUGCCGGCAUCCCAAUGCAUCUUUCGUACGGGUCAGAACAAGGUGCUGUCCUCGGGCAUACCGGACUGAUCGGCAUUGGGAUUACUUCCUUAUUAAAUAGAGCUCGCUACCAAGCCGUCCCGCUCCGCUUGUCUUACAUACAUUUAUUUAUUUCGCAUAUUCGAGUAUUCCCAUAUUCUUAGCUUUUAAGUAAAAGUGUUAAUCAGCGUUUUUGUUUUCAUCAACAGUUUACACCUAUACAAAUUGUGCACAUACAUACACACACAUACAUACAUCUAUAUAUAUAUAAAUAUAUAUAUAGACUAUUUGUGCAUUUGAUUAUAUUGCUGUUCUAGCGAUUUAGUGCUUAAUUGCCUGUUUUACAUGUCUGAUUAUUGAAUGUUAUU